GAUUAGAUAUUUAUUCGCGAGCACCAACGGACCAGCACUAUACACUGAUUUUAUCUUCGCUACUAGAAAUUCUCUGUUCUUCUUCAAUUUCACCUGCAAAUCUCCUCAACUGCAGAUGCUAAUUCUAAAAUCUAACAGAAGCCCACUCCAAUUCUUCUCCAGUCCUCAAUACCCAAUUCUUCAAUUUCGAUUUUUCUCUCGUCUGUCACCUGUGAACCCAAAAUCUCUCCUCGUUUAAUCUUAAUUUCCUAAACUUCUCACUUUCCCGGAAAAUUUCGAACAUGGCUGCUGCAAUAAGAUCACAAUCUUCGAAACGAACAGCUUCUCUUACGGCUUUCCAGUUCAGGUACUUUUUGUUGAAUCACAUGCACGCGGGUCGUAUGCCCAAUACUCACUUCCCUUAUCGGACCAAAUUGGACGACUUUGUAACCCUAUCCCCAUACCACUGCACCUCCUUCAAGCCCAUCUCGCUCCGUGGCGACUUUGUCGAUAAAGGUCUCGGAUAUCUCGAAAAUCAGCGGUUUUCGCCAAAAAAUGAGAGCAAAAAACUGAGAGUUAUUCUGCGCAAUGACUUUAAUAAUACCUAUGGUGACCCACCGGAGGUCUGGCAGCCACCAGGGGCGGGGAGUGUGUCUUUCGUUCGUGGGGGUGGUGGUGGUGGUGCAAGCUCGGGUUCCGGAGGUGGGUUCGUGUCAAAUUCAGGAGAUGGAUCGUGGGGAGGCUCGAAUCUGGGUCACAAUUUUCCAACCCCUAAGGAGAUCUGUAAGGGGCUUGAUAAGUUUGUUAUUGGACAGGAGAAAGCGAAGAAGGUGCUGUCUGUUGCAGUUUACAAUCACUAUAAGAGAAUUUGUAAUGAGUCCAUACAGAAGCGGCCUGCAGGAGAUUCGUGUAAUAACUUUGCAAAUGAAAUGGAUGAUGAUUCUGUAGAACUUGAGAAAAGCAAUAUUCUUCUAAUGGGGCCAACAGGAUCAGGGAAGACAUUACUUGCCAAAACUUUGGCACGGUUUGUGAAUGUCCCUUUUGUUAUUGCAGAUGCAACUACAUUGACUCAGGCUGGAUAUGUAGGGGAAGAUGUGGAAUCCAUAUUAUACAAGCUCCUAACUGUUGCCGACUAUAAUGUGGCUGCAGCUCAGCAGGGCAUUGUUUACAUUGAUGAAGUUGACAAGAUUACUAAAAAGGCUGAGAGCCUUAACAUCAGUAGAGAUGUAUCAGGGGAGGGUGUCCAACAAGCAUUAUUGAAAAUGCUGGAAGGAACGGUUGUGAAUGUUCCAGAGAAGGGAGCUCGCAAGCACCCCAGAGGUGACAGUAUUCAGAUUGACACAAAGGAUAUUCUCUUCAUAUGUGGGGGUGCAUUUAUUGACCUAGAGAAAGCAAUCUCAGAGAGGCGCCAAGAUUCAUCUAUAGGGUUUGGUGCACCAGUUCGUGCUAAUAUGAGAUCUGGUGGUCCUAUUGAUGCUUCUGUGGCAUCAUCUUUAUUGGAGAGUGUUGAAAGCAGUGAUCUUAUUGCAUAUGGUUUAAUACCUGAGUUUGUUGGACGUUUUCCAAUCCUUGUUAGCUUGUCAGCUCUCAAUGAGAAUCAACUUGUCCAGGUGUUAACAGAACCGAAAAAUGCAUUGGGGAAGCAGUACAAGAAGUUGUUUCAUAUGAAUGGAGUUAAGCUGCACUUCACGAAAAAUGCUUUGAGAAUAAUUGCUAGAAAAGCAAUGUCUAAGAAUACUGGUGCUCGGGGCUUACGAUCUAUAUUGGAGAAUAUUUUGAUGGAUGCUAUGUAUGAGAUUCCUGACACGAGAACAGGUGAUGAUAUAAUUGAUGCCGUUGUUGUAGAUGAAGAGGCUGUUGGAUGCGAUGAGUGCGGGGCCAGUGCUAAAAUUCUUCACAGUAAGGGUGCAUUGGAUCGCUAUCUUUCACAACACAGUUCAAAAGAUACAGAGACUACCCCGGAGGGGUCUGACGGUGAACCUGAGGUUGAACCGGAGCUCCCUUCUGUUGUCGCCAGCUUGUGACCUUGAAGAUUUUUUAUUUUUAUUUUUAUUUUUAUUUUUUUACUGGUGUUCUUUCUGUAAAUUAAUAAAUUUCAGUGAAACGCAGUAGUUGAUUAGUGAAAUAUGCCAUUAUACUACACAAUUAUUCAGUGUUGGCUCAAUAACUAGGUCCAAUCAGUACAAUUGUGUAUAUAAUGAAAGUUCAAAAGCUGAUAGAACUUUUCAUC